AUGAAACAUCAACACGCAUCCAGCGACGACGAGUUGGGGAAAGGCACAACCAAAAGGGGAAGUGCACCUGAGAAGAGGAAAAAAGGAUCUGACAAACAAGGAAAACAACUUCCCCCACAUCACAUCAUAAUAGAGAAAAAAAAAAGAAAAAAAGAAACUAGUAUGAAGAAAAGAAACAUUGCUGGUGUAGUACCUCUCCACGACGAAAGAAAGCGGCCAUCGAGGAGUAACAGCGUAGGUUCAAAGGAAAACGAAAAUGACGUCGCCCAGGGGAAGAUGGGACAACCCGGCGGGGGCGCCAAAGCGAACAAAAAGGAAAAGGAUAGCCGAGAGGACAAGCAAAGUACACAAGUCACACGUGAGAGACAAGACGCAAAUGCCAAAGCACGCGUAAAGAACAAGGGGGAGAAAAACAAAAGGAGCCCUGACAUGAAGAGCGCCUCCAAAAGCGCGAAGAAGGAUUUGGAUGAUCCACCAGUGAAACGCGCUAAGGGAAGAAUUGGCCAAAGGAAGAAUCCAAAGGGAAAGAAGCCCCAAACGAAGCAGCAUAAAGGAGGAGAUGAUCAAACGGAGCAACCAAGCAUUGAAAAAAGAGAACACUCAUCCAAAGGAAUAAGAUCCGCAAAAGACAAAGGGGAAGGAGAAUCUCCGCCAGAUGAAAGAAGCCUGAUGCCCAUUCAACCCAGCCAGCUAAACUUAGCUUCUUCGAAGAGGGAUGAAGUAGGAGGGGGGAGGAAUAACAGCACCAUCAUAGAAGUCACUCCGUCAGGAAGCAUCGACCAAAGUCGCAUAGAAAUAAAUGGCAUACGCCUCGGGAGCGCUGAUAGCUCUAUUUUCCACCUGAGCCAAAGUGCAAAAUGCGGGGACGAGCGGGAGUCCCACGGCCUCAGCGUCAGUCCCAGCACAAGUCGCGCUAGCAGUCGAGACGAUAGUUUCUUUUUCACCCGCGCAAUCAGUCAGGAUGAUAGUCCACAUGUGAAUCGCGCUGUCCGUUCAGAGGUUAUUUUCCCGGAUAGUCGAGGCGCCACUUCGCAAGCUGGCUACUUGGCAAGUCCCUCGCUAGUCCACACAAGUAGAAAAGAACGGGGCCAUUCUAUCAGCCAUUCGGUCAGCCACUCGGUCGGCCGCUCAAUUGCGCUCUCGGCCAUCCACUCGAUUGGACACUCUGCUAGCCACUCGGUUGGACACCCCAUUAGCCCCUUAAUUAGCCACUUAGGUACCGACGUAAAUGAGCAUAGACGUAGGCAUGAAAGCGGACACUCGGUUAGCCACUCGGUUAGCCACUCGGUUGGACACUCCGUUGGACACUCGAUCAGCCCCUUGGUCAGCCACUCGGUCAGCCACUCAGUUAGCCAUUGCAGCAGCCCCUCAGUUAGUCGUCCAAGUGGUCUCUCAAUAAGUCACGCGAUUGGCAACCCAGUGAACCGCCUGAAUGACCUCCCGAUUGGACAACUCAUCAGCCGCGUCAGGGGAGGACCCCCUCCUCCAUCAUCAAAUUUCUACAGUAAUGGCGGCAUCAGCGGUGACGCUAGUUCCCAGGGACACAACCAACCCCGGGACACCUACGGAAAGAGCCUAUUCAGCGAACUCACGGAGGCCAUGCAAAACGAUUCUACGCAGACAAAUGAAAAGAGCAACAUAAGCAUUAGACUCAAGGCCGAGGAAGAGGAAGCGGAACUUCAAAUCAGUAUGAACGAAACGACUGUGCGUAAGUUGCGUAUUCAAAAGGAUAACUCUAAGAGGUCUAUCGAUUUGAUUCAUUUGUCGAAGGAGCUAAAGAGUAUAUCCAAGGACAGUGCCGAAAUGGGAAAGGGCACCGAGGCAAUGACCACAUUGAGGAGCUCCAGGAAGGGGAGUAAGAAGGGGACUAAUCUUCGCGUCAAAGCGAAGGGGAAAAGACCGACCACCCGUAGGGGAAGCGACAUCGGAAGUGGUAGCGGAAUUGGCAGUGGUAUUCGCAGCGGUAAUGGUCAUGGCAAACGCAGUGGUGACUCCAACAUUGUGCAGGGCAAGGCGAAGGUGAGAAAAAAGGAUGCGGCGAGCCGUGGAAGGACAAAAUUAAUUGCCCCCCCAGUGGUGAAGAGGCCAAGCAGGAGGGGCAAGAGGGGCAGAAUGGGCAAGGCGGUAGCGAAGAUGGACCAGAAGGUGCCAAAAAUGAAGUCAAAAAAGGAGGCAAAAAGGGAGGGCACAAAAGAGGAUGGACAAAAAACCGAUAAGACGACGAAGGAGAAAAGAAAGAAAAUAGAGGAGUCGAACAAAAUGAGCAGGGAGGCAGCGAACAAAAUGAGCAGGGAGGCAGCGAACAAAAUGAGCAGGGAGGCAGCUAACAAAGUGAGCAGGGAGACAGAAGACAAAAUGAGCCAGAAGGCGGAAGACAAAAUGAGCAGAGAGGCAGCAAACAAAAUGAGCGCAGAAGAGGCGAUUAAAAUAAGCGUAGAGGAGGUGACCAAAAUGAGCAUAGAGGAGGUGACCGCCGCGAAUGAAAACGAAGAAUGGGAAGAGGAGAAUGCGAAUGAACAGGAGGCAGACCCGGGAGAAAAGUCAGACUUCGUGAAGGUGGAAGAGCCGGAAAAGGAGGAAAAGAAGGAAAACACGACAGAAAAGGGGACAGAAAAAAUCUUAGAGACAACGGAAGACCCAGGAGAGGAAAGAACUCCAGAGGAAGGGGCCCAAAAGGAAGAAGCAAAUGAACCACAAGUGACCUCUGCGAAGGAAGACGGACGUGCAAAUGUCGCAGAUGUCAAGGAUGGACAGCACAAGGGAGAGGGAACAAAAAGGGUGGAAAAUUGCCCAGAAAAGGAAGCUUUGGGGGAGAAAUCAGACGAUAAAGAAAAGGUAACAGCGAAGAAGAUGAAACCCAGGAAAGGGGUGAAGGUACGGCAGAAGGAAAAGGAAGUUCGAGGGCAUGCUGGGGAUGAGAAUGCGUCUGUUGUGGAUGGGGGAGAAGCCAAGAGAGAAGCCGCUAAACGGUGUGUGGACCCAAGGGAGGAGAAAUCAUCAGUCCAGUUGUCCGUGGAGAAACGAACCAUGAAAUGUAAACACAGCAAGGUGGAUAGCAUCCUGCAGAGGUACGUGCACUUGCGGGAGGAAGAAGCCGCCGCGAAGAGGGAAUCAAUAUGGGACGAUGUCCCAGAUGACUUGCUAAAUGUAGAAGGAAGGAGAUUCCGAAUUGACGUCAUUAAUUUUGUAGGGAAUAUAAGAGCAGGGGAAGAUUCCAUCCAUGAAGACAUUCUGUUCUUCUUUGAUUCAUAUGAAAAUAAAUUAAAAAAAAAAAAAAAAAAAAAAACCAUCUAUCCUUAA